AGAGAGAGAGAGAGAGAGAGAGAGAGAGAGAGAGAGAGACCCGGGACUGAAUGGAGCAUUGUGGCAAAGACAGUGGGCACACUGGGCAGUAACACAGAGAACACUAACUCACAGAUCAUGCCAGAGAGUCUGAAAACACCCACACUGGGCGACAAUGGCAAACUUCAUCGCUCCACUUGGCCCCGUCUGAAUACACACAUACAAUGGCAGAAUCCAAAUAAGAUGCUCUGUUAUUCGUGAAAUUCAACACACUGAAUUCCUUCAGUGCCUCUCUGUCCCUUUGACUGGCAGCAGAUGGCCCGGGGCUGCGCUGCAUAGAUGUGCGCGUACGUGUGCAUGUGUCUGUGUGGUCUUCACCCCCCUGUUGCAUCAUGGGGGAGCACCCUGUAGGUUUGCAAGGUGAGAAAGCACGCAUCCAAAGGCCCCGACAGGUGUCAUGUUUAUUUAAGCCAGCUCUACCUCUCUUCUUCAAGCUAUGCAAACAGUCAAACAAAUUGACCUUGCACUUGGACCUGAGAACCAAUUUAACUAAAUCAUUCAAUCAAAGCAGGAGUAACUGUAGUGAGGAGUGAGGAGUAUCAGAAGCAACAGGUUUGACUCUUAUGAAGCUGGUCUGUUUUUACUAUCAGCUCUCUGCUGCCUCUCUGUGUAGCUUGUGAGGAACUCCACUAUUUUAUCUGACAAGAUGCAUGAACUGCAACAGGUGUGCAGCAAAAAACUGUAUGAUAGAUCUGAAACAUUCACAUGUACCAGCUUCCUAAACACGAGUAUUUUGGGGGGGAUUUUUGUGUCUUUAUUACAGAUGGAAAAGAGAUAACAGAGAGAUGUAAGAAAGGUCUUCAGUCAGUCUCAAAUCGCUGACAUUUCUGUUUAUAGUUGGUGUCUAAAUCCACAGGGGCGCCCCGUUGUAUGCAAUUGUCAAUACCUUUCAAUUUAUAACUGUUGGUCAGAGUAAAAUGAGCAAUUUCAAGAACUCACUUUGGGUUCUGAGAAGUUGGGAUGGCCAUUUUUCAACAUUAUAAACACAAAAUGAUUAAUCACUAAUGAAAAAGAAUCAUUAGUUGCUGCAUCAAACAAUAGAUGUACUAAAUUGUUAAAUUACCCCAUAUUGCCCAAGGCUAAAUAAUACAUGCUAUACAUGUGUAUACAUCCAGUUUCAAAUCCAGAUUCAACAGUAAUGUCUUUUUUUCUGCAAAGCAAACAUUGAAACCACCGAACAUCUUGUGUCUUGAUGUCACUCCCAGAAAAGCUGUCAGCAAAAACAUUUUCAGUUUGACUCUCAUGACUUACUGUAUGUAUAUAAUGUACGAAUGGGUAAUGAAGGAGAAACUGGAAUAUUUACUGAUUAAAAAUGUAAAUACUGCAGGAGAACAGUUGUAAUAUCUGUAAGGCUUACUGGCCUUGUAAACAGACCACUUUAUAUUUUUAUUUCAUAUAUUAAUUCAAGGUUUUUGAUAUUCAUGUAUUUUGUUCUAUUUUAUUUGUUAUGUUUGUUUCAAGGAUUUGUACAUGCUUUUUGUAAAUUCAUUGUUCAAUAUUUUUUUAUUGAGUUAUUAUAAGGCAAAAUAAAUACUAUGAUGUCAGACUCCAACUCACUUAACGAAAAGUUAGAAACAUGAUUUAAUAUAUUGUAUUUUAUAAUCCAUAUGUAUGUAGUGUUGGUAUAUAUCAAUUUAACGACGUCGUGAUAACGUUUUCUCUUUUCUUCGCCUGGAGUCAGUUUUGUAAUGUCCUGGUCGUUUCAUACCUCUUGCCCUGGAGGUGUCGUAAAGUCAUAGGGCUUUCAAAUUGUUAUCAAAACGGCUUUGUAGCUUUAUUUGUCACAUUUAAAAGAGUUAUGGUCUUGCAAUCAUGAGAUUCAAUUGAUGUUUAUGACAGUAUUGUAUGUUUUUUCCCCACAUGUCAUGGUACAUUAUGUUGACGUAACGACAGCUCGUCAGUUGUCGCUUUACGGCAGAGCGUGCUGCUGGACUGGAGGUCAGGGGUUUGAAGAUAAGGCGAGCUCAUUAGUCUGUAACGUAAAGCCUGUGUUUUCACCCGUAAAACUCAACGUACACGUUAACAGGACAACGUCUGUUUGUGUCGGUGAAUCCAGCCGUUUUGUCGUUGAUAAUUUUUUCUUUGAUUUUGAGUAUUUUGCGACAUAGCUAGCGCUUGCUAACGUUAGCCAGCUCGGCUAGCGGAUCCGGUUUUCCCCAGGUGACCCGUCGAGGAUCCUCCACAGCCAUGGACAGCAGCUCACAAGGAUCGGGAGGAAUGAAAGGAGGUAUCGGGGGUCUCUUUGGAGGCGGUGCACCCGAAUACUCCAACACAGAGCUCGCCGGUGUUCCCUUGACUGGAAUGAGUCCUCUGUCCCCUUACCUCAAUGUCGACCCUCGUUACCUGGUUCAGGACACAGAUGAGUUUAUUCUUCCCACAGGCGCCAAUAAAACAAGAGGGAGGUUUGAACUGGCUUUCUUCACCAUUGGAGGAUCCUGCAUGACUGGAGCAGCAUUUGGAGCUGUGAAUGGUCUCAGAAUGAGCAUCAAGGACACUAGAGACAUGGGAUGGUCAAAACCUCGUAAUGUACAGAUUCUCAACAUGGUGACCAGACAGGGUGCUUCAUGGGCCAACUCUCUUGGCUCUGUUGCCUUGUUGUACAGUGUGUUUGGGGUGGCGAUAGAGAAGGCCAGAGGAGCAGAGGACGACAUCAACACAGUGGCUGCUGGGACACUAACUGGGAUGCUCUUCAAAUCAGGCAGUGGCCUAAAGGGUGUAGCCCGAGGAGGCCUGGCUGGUUUAGCCUUGUCUGGGGCCUACGCUCUCUACAGCAACUGGGACCACCUCACAGGCUCCUCCUCCUCCUCAUCCUCCAGGCUGUAUUAGCCCUCUCCCACACUCAUCUGCUUCUAUAUUAGGGCCAAAUAUCACACAGCCUUUAACCACAGCGCUAAGAGGGAUUAGACUCUGGUCAAACGCAGUGUGCUUUUCAGGGAAGUGUGGGUUGGUCCCGGUUCGCUGGUCCCCCGCCCUGUAGACACUUUCCAGGAGCACUCUUGUGGAAUUAAAUGAAAAAGAAGAUUGGACUAAAUUCCACCGGAAAUCUAGAUUUAGACCGUCCUAUAACACCCCUCUCUUUCUUUAUCCUCUGACGUGUUUCUGUAAGUGAUCUGAUCAGUAAUAAGAAAACACCGUGAGGAUAUUUUAUGAAGAUGUCAUUUGUUAUAUCAUUGUUUAUGGGAGACAUGGUAGUCUUCUUUGAUGCUAUUCUUGAAAUCAAUGAACCCAUGAUAUUUGGGUUAAAAGAGCCGAUUUAUAAGAGGACAUCUGGUGCGUGGUUCACCAGAUGAAUGGACUGAAAGACUUCUUAACAGGAGAGCGAAGAGAAUUUCAACUACGAUCCACAAACACAGAACUGAGCCUGAUGGUCGGCUCUUCUUGUAUUUAUUGAAGCGUUUCUGCGGUGGUUUCUGUUUUACUUUCCAAGAAGUGAUCACUGUAAAGCUGUUUAUGUGUCUCCAUCAAACCCGCUGUACUAAAGACUAUAUUAAAAAAAUGGGAAAUGUUGACAAAGA